AUGUGGCUGGGGACGUGGGCCCGCCAUCUGGUGGAGGAGCGCCUGCGGCUCCACUGGCCCUGGGAUCGGGACCCAGUUUCCCAUGUUGCCAGCCCUCAGACCCGGUGCCUGCAGCCUCCCUGUCCCGGCUCCGACCGCGUACCCCCGCCCACCUUCCCCUGUGGCCUGGAUCCUCUCUGUCCGCUCUCACCUCUGACCUUCACCAUCUGCUCUCCACUCAGCGGCCGGCGGUCCCGUCACCUUGAGACUCAGCACUCUCCAGUGGACUCUUCUUUCAGAAGAAAAGCCAAAGGUGACCGACCUCCCCCUGCACUGGAGCCGCGGCCCUGGGAACUUCCCGACGAUGUCCGACCAGGAUUUGAGGUGAACGGCUUCUUUCCCGGUCCCAAGGGAGAGCAUCUGUCCCCCGGCGCCCUGGACGUCAUGCAACUGGGUGGGGACCAGCCAGAGAGCCCGGAGGCAGCCCUGAAGGAGCUGAAGCCCCUGGGAACACCUGUGGGGCAGGGGCCGAGGAGCGGCCUCUCCUGCCCGUUCCCCGCUCCGUCCUGCCCUCCGUCCCCUGAUCCCAUCCUGGCUGUGCGGCCAGCCUCCCCCGCUGUGCCCACCCCCGACCCCGGGCCUAGUGUCACAGCAACGCUCAUCAGCGGAGGCGUGCCCGGGCUCCUGGGGGUGACCCGUGUGUUCCCCAUCGACUUGGCCGAGGCUCGGCUACAGAACCAGCGUGGACAGGAAAGCUACAAAGGAACGGGGUCCCUAUGGCUGCAGACGCCCCACCCUCGCGGUUUCCUUCCAGGAGCUGCGGUGAACCUGACCGCAGUCACCCCAGAGAAGGCCGUCAAGCUGGCAGCCAGUGACGUCCGGCAGCAGCUCCUGGAGGAGGACGGGGCGCAGUGGAAUCUGAAGCUGGAGAUGCUCGCCGGGUGUGGAGCUGGGCUGUGCCAGGCGGCGGUCACCUGUCCCCUGGAAAUGCUCAAGAUUCCGCUGCAGCGUGCUGGGCGCCUGGAAAGAGUGAAGUCCGGACACUGGAAGCCCCCGCUGUGUUCUGAUCUGCAAAGGGAGGAUAAGGAAUUGACGGAGGAGGGGGUCCUACCACAGUUUCCUAUAAAGAAAGCUGGGCAGGCAGUGGCCGUGCCCUUGGGAAGCAGCCUAAGCAGCAGGGACAUCCUAUUAGAUAACAUAGACCCGAGAGCUCGCUCCCUGGAGCCAAGAACUGAUGUCCUCAAGUUAGGACAACCCUCAGCUCUAGGAAGGGCGGGGCCCGAGGGGCUGCCUUCCCUCCCCGCAGCCCGCCGCCACGGUUCCGCCGCCAGCCCUGCCCCGCGGGGCCCCCUUUACCCCGGCAGGCGCCCAGCCGCGGCCCUCCUCGCCAGGGAGCUGCUCCGCACCCAGGGCCUGGUGGGGCUCUACCGGGGGCUGGGAGCUGCCCUUCUCAGGGACAUCCCCUUCUCCGUCAUCUACUUCCCCCUGUUCGCCAAACUGAACCUCCUGGGGGUCAGGGAGCCCACGGGGAAGGCCUCCUUCGCUCACUCCUUCACGUCCGGCUGUGUCGCAGGCCCGGUGACGCCUCUGGACGUUUUGAAAACUUGAAUCCAAACUCUCAAGAAAGGCCGGGGUGAGGACAGCUACAGCGGCCUCACCGACUGUGCCAGGUGAGGGCUGUGUCCCUUUGGAGACCGCGGCUCCCUCUGCACUGGUGUCCGCCCAGCCGCUGGCUGGGGUCGGGGGGGCAGGGAGGCCUGGAGCCCUGCCCGUCGGGUCAGCUCUGGGGGCUCCUCUCCCCCCAGGAGACUGUGGAGCCAGGAGGGCCCUGGUCAUAGCCCUGCUGUUCGGGGUCUACUUCUCAGCGUCGGCAAGCGCCUCAAGGGUUUCGAGUAGGUGUGGUGGCAGCCCCGGCCCUCCUCACCGCCUGCCCUCUACCUCACGGGCCCCUCCACCUCCCUUGGUGACCGAAGCCCUCACUGCUCUGGGAGUCCAGCCCGGGGACCCUCAGGAGCCCCGACCCCCUGAACAGACAGCACAGGUGGAAUCAUCUCUGCAUUUCACGUCUAUCUAUCUAUCUCACACGCAGCACCUUGAAUCAGUUUGAGGCUUUAGUCUCGUUAACUCUGAGUUAAAUAACUUAAUUUGUCCCAGCACUGAUACGGGGAAUGGCAGGAUUUUAUUUUAGCUCAAGGGGACCACGACAGCCCUCCAAGGCGGCACCCGCCUGCCCAUGUUCGGCCAGGAGGAGACGGGUGGCGCAGACAGUGCGUCCUCCCAGCUACGUCCCCUCAGGACCGAGCUACACUCGUGACGACCCGUGUUACUCAUGAGGGUGGAGAACAGACGCUUUAUCUUCAGGUCACGGUGGGUUUUGUCUUGAUGCAAUGAGCACACAGCAGCCCCUCUCGCCCAAGACUGCAGUUUCUUCUUUCCUGAUGCUGCCAAAGCUAAUAGAACUGUUCCCUUAUUCCAGCUGCCAGGCCCUCCAGGGACAGGUGACCCUGAACACCUGUGUGCGGACAGUCUUAAGGGGCUGGGAGCGCGCCUCUAGGUGAGGCUUUGGUAGAAAGGAGGAGAUGCGCCUGAGGGACACAGAGAGGGUUCGUGGUUUCAACUGCUGAUGGCUGUCAAC